AGGGCGGCCAUUUUUGCUCCUUGCUCUUGUGGAAAAUAUUAUUCUGAGCGGCCCCCUCAGCUUUGAUAGAGAUAUAUAUAUAUAUAUUUUUACCCCCACCCCCUUAUUUAUUUUUUUUCCACGGGGGGGGGGGGGGGGGGAGUUGAGUGGAGUUUUUUUCUCCUUUUUUUUUUCCUCUCCUCGCCCCCCCCUUUUUUUAACCCUUUUCUUCAUGGGACUUUUCCCCCGUGCUGUGUUUUCGGUGUUGUGAGGGGGGAGAGGGUUCGUGCGUGGUGAGGGGGGGCUCCCCCUUCCCUCUCCCCCUCCCCGCCCCCCCCCGCACCACCAUGGCUUCCCCUCUGAGGGAGGACGAGGAAGAGGAGGAGGAGAUGGUGGUGUCUGAGGCGGAGGGGGAUGAAGACGAAGAGGAGGAAGAGGAGGAGGAAGAAGGAGCAGGGGACAACAGCCCCGGCGACAUAUUCCUGCCCGCCGCCCAGGCGGGGCCCAUGCCCCUGGCGCCAGCCCCAGCAGCAUCCACUCCGCCCGCCGCCGCGGCCACUGAGGCGCCCGCAGAUGAUGAUGAUGAAGACCUGCGGACCCUGGACAGCGGGCUGGGCCUCAAGAAGAAAAAGCGUGGGCCCCGCAAGCAGAAGGAGAAUAAGCCAGGCAAGCCUCGGAAGCGCAAAAAGCUGCUCAGCGAGGAUGAGUUUGAGUCGGAGCGGGAUGAGUACCGGGAGAAGUCCGAGAGCGGGGGCAGCGACUAUGGGGUGGGGGCGAAGAAGAAGAGAAGGAAACACCGGGAGAAGAAGGAGAAGAAGACCAAGCGCCGGAAAAAGAUGGAUGAUGAGGGGGGCCAAAAAGUGAAACAGGUGGAGCAGAAGUCCUCGGCCCAGCUGCUUAUGACCUGGGGGCUGGAAGACGUGGACCACGUGUUCACAGAGGAAGACUACCACACGCUGACCAACUACAAAGCCUUCAGCCAGUUCAUGAGGCCAUUGAUCGCCAAGAAGAACCCCAAGAUCCCCAUGUCAAAGAUGAUGACCAUCCUAGGCGCCAAGUGGCGUGAGUUCAGCGCCAACAACCCCUUCAAGGGCUCAGCUGCUGCCGUAGCCGCCGCAGCCGCUGCCGCAGCCGCUGCCGUUGCCGAGCAGGUGUCGGCUGCCGUGGCCGCUGUGGCCCCCGAACCCCAGCCCCCACCCGUCCGCAAAGCCAAGACCAAAGAGGGCAAAGGGCCUGGACACAAGAAACGGAGCAAGAGCCCACGUAUCCCUGAGAUGAAGCGGAAGAUGAAAGGGAAGAAGAUGGCACCACUCAAGAUCAAGCUGGGCAUGAUUGGUGGCAAGCGCAAGAAGAGCAGUUCGAGCGAUGAGGCUGGUGACCUGGAGGAAGAGUCAGACGUGGACAACUCCAGCGUGCACAGCUCCUCGGUGCGCUCGGACAGCUCAGGGCGUGCCAAGAAGCUCAAGCGGGGCCGGCCUGGCCGGAAGAAGAAGAAAGUCGUAUCAACAGUCCUGAACCGGGAUCGAGGCCCCAUGGUGCCGGGUGCUGCACAGACGCAUGCAUCCCCCUUCGUGCCUCUCCGCCCCUUAGUGCCUGGUGAGGAGGAGGUGGACGGCUAUGAGACGGACCACCAGGACUACUGUGAGGUGUGCCAGCAGGGUGGCGAGAUCAUCCUGUGUGACACCUGCCCCCGCGCCUACCACCUUGUGUGCCUCGACCCCGAGCUCGACAAGGCCCCUGAGGGCAAGUGGAGCUGCCCCCACUGUGAGAAGGAAGGGGUGCAGUGGGAAGCCAAGGAGGAGGAGGAGGAGUACGAAGAGGAGCUGGAAGAGGAGGGCGAGAAGGAGGAGGAGGAUGACCAUAUGGAGUACUGCCGGGUCUGCAAGGAUGGGGGCGAGCUGCUGUGCUGUGACGCCUGCAUCUCCUCCUAUCACAUCCACUGCCUCAACCCACCUCUGCCCGAGAUCCCCAACGGCGAGUGGCUCUGCCCCCGCUGCACGUGCCCCAUGCUAAAGGGGCGGGUGCAGAAGAUCCUGUACUGGCGCUGGGGGGAGCCGCCCCCACCCGUGGCCCUGCUCCCACCCCCUGAGCCAAGCGCUGAGGCUGGCCCCCCAGCUAAAGGGCUGCUGGGCCGUUCGGAGCGCGAGUUCUUUGUCAAGUGGGUCGGGCUGUCCUACUGGCACUGCUCCUGGAUCAAGGAGCUGCAGCUGGAGAUCUUUCACCUGGUGAUGUACCGCAACUACCAGCGCAAGAAUGACAUGGAUGAGCCGCCGCCGCUGGACUACGGCUCAGGUGAUGAUGACGGCAAGAGCGAGAAGCGCAAGAGCAAGGACCCGCUCUAUGCCGACAUGGAGGAGCGCUUCUACCGCUAUGGCAUCAAGCCCGAGUGGAUGGCCAUCCACCGCAUCAUCAACCACAGCAUAGACAAGAAGGGGAACUACCACUACCUGGUGAAGUGGCGUGACCUGCCUUAUGACCAGGCCACGUGGGAGGAGGACGAGAUGCCCAUCCCAGACUACGACUUCCAUAAGCACUGCUACUGGAAGCACCGGGAGAUGUUCAUGGGGGAGGACCCAGCCCAGCCCCGCAAGUACAAGAAGAAAAAGAAGGAGCUGCCCCCUGACGAGCCCCCUGAGUCACCCACCAAUGAUCCGACAGUGAAGUACGAGACGCAGCCACGGUUCAUCACAGCCACGGGCGGGACCCUGCACCUCUACCAGCUCGAGGGGCUCAACUGGCUGCGCUUCUCGUGGGCACAGAGCACUGACACCAUCCUGGCUGACGAGAUGGGGCUGGGCAAGACCAUCCAGACCAUCGUCUUCCUCUACUCCCUCUACAAGGAGGGUCACACAAAGGGGCCGUUCCUGGUGAGCGCCCCCCUCUCCACCAUCAUCAACUGGGAGCGGGAGUUCCAGAUGUGGGCUCCUGCCUUUUACGUGGUGACCUACACGGGUGACAAGGAGUCGCGCGCCAUCAUCCGUGAGAAUGAGUUCUCCUUCGACGACAAUGCCAUCAAGGGUGGCAAGAAGGCCUUCAAGAUGAAACGAGAGGCACAAGUGAAGUUCCAUGUGCUGCUCACGUCCUACGAGCUGAUCACCAUUGACCAGGCGGCGCUGGGCUCCGUGCGCUGGGCCUGCCUCGUGGUCGAUGAAGCCCACCGCCUCAAGAACAACCAGUCCAAGUUCUUCCGGGUGCUGAAUGGCUACAAGAUCGAUCACAAGCUGCUGCUGACGGGGACGCCGCUGCAGAACAACCUAGAGGAGCUCUUCCACCUGCUCAACUUCCUCACGCCGGAGCGCUUCAACAACCUGGAGGGCUUCCUGGAGGAGUUUGCCGACAUCUCCAAGGAGGACCAGAUCAAGAAGCUGCAUGACCUGCUGGGCCCCCACAUGCUGCGGCGCCUCAAGGCCGACGUCUUCAAGAACAUGCCAGCCAAGACUGAGCUUAUCGUGCGCGUGGAGCUCAGCCCCAUGCAGAAGAAGUACUACAAGUACAUCUUGACCCGUAACUUCGAGGCACUGAACUCAAGGGGCGGCGGGAACCAGGUCUCACUGCUCAACAUCAUGAUGGACCUCAAGAAGUGCUGCAACCACCCCUACCUCUUCCCUGUGGCUGCCAUGGAGUCGCCAAAGCUGCCGAGUGGGGCCUACGAGGGCGGCGCCCUCAUCAAGUCCUCGGGGAAGCUGCUGCUGCUGCAGAAGAUGCUACGCAAGCUGAAGGACCAGGGGCAUCGUGUGCUCAUCUUCUCCCAGAUGACGAAGAUGCUAGACCUGCUGGAAGACUUCCUGGAUUACGAAGGCUACAAGUAUGAGCGCAUUGAUGGCGGCAUCACGGGCACCCUGCGGCAGGAGGCCAUCGACCGCUUCAAUGCUCCUGGCGCGCAGCAGUUCUGCUUCCUGCUGUCCACACGGGCAGGUGGGUUGGGCAUCAACCUGGCCACGGCUGACACUGUCGUCAUCUUUGACUCAGACUGGAACCCGCACAAUGACAUCCAGGCAUUCAGCCGCGCCCACCGCAUCGGCCAGGCCAACAAGGUGAUGAUCUACCGGUUUGUGACGCGAGCCUCGGUGGAAGAGCGCAUCACACAGGUGGCCAAGCGCAAGAUGAUGUUGACACACCUGGUGGUGCGCCCGGGCCUGGGCUCCAAGGCUGGCUCCAUGUCCAAGCAGGAGCUCGACGACAUCCUCAAGUUUGGCACUGAGGAGCUCUUCAAGGACGAAAACGAGGCAGGGGACAACAAAGAAGAGGACAGCAGUGUCAUCCACUAUGACAACGAGGCCAUCGCCCGCCUGCUGGACCGCAACCAGGAUGCCACUGAUGACGCUGACGUGCAGAACAUGAACGAGUACCUGAGCUCCUUCAAGGUGGCACAGUAUGUGGUGCGCGAGGAGGACAAGAUCGAGGAGAUCGAGCGGGAGAUCAUCAAGCAAGAGGAGAACGUGGACCCUGACUACUGGGAAAAGCUGCUGCGCCACCACUACGAGCAGCAGCAGGAGGACCUGGCGCGCAACCUGGGCAAGGGCAAGCGCGUGCGCAAGCAGGUCAACUACAACGAUGCUGCCCAGGAGGACCAAGACAACCAAUCUGAGUACUCGGUGGGCUCCGAGGAGGAGGACGAGGACUUCGACGAGCGGCCAGAAGGUCGGCGCCAGUCCAAGCGCCAGCUCCGUAACGAGAAGGACAAGCCCCUCCCCCCGCUCCUGGCCCGUGUGGGCGGGAACAUUGAGGUGCUGGGCUUCAACACGCGACAGCGCAAGGCCUUCCUCAAUGCUGUGAUGCGCUGGGGGAUGCCACCCCAGGACGCCUUCACCUCCCAGUGGCUGGUGCGGGACCUGCGGGGCAAGACGGAGAAGGAAUUCAAGGCCUACGUGUCACUGUUCAUGCGGCACCUGUGCGAGCCAGGGGCCGACGGCUCAGAGACUUUUGCUGAUGGGGUCCCGCGUGAGGGACUCUCACGCCAGCAGGUGCUCACCCGCAUUGGCGUCAUGUCCCUCGUCAAGAAGAAGGUUCAGGAGUUUGAGCACAUCAACGGGCGCUGGAGCCUGCCUGAGCUGAUGCCUGAUGCCAGCGCCGACUCCAAGCGCUCGUCCCGCGCUUCCUCACCUGCCCUCAAGACAGCCACGCCCACACCCGAGCCCAGCUGCACCACCACACCCUGCACCUCCAAACCUGCCACACCAGCACCCAGCGACAAGGGAGAAGGGCUGGUACCGCCCGAGCGGGAUGAGCUGGACCUGAAGGACGAGAAGGAGCCCAAGGGCGACAAGAUGGAGGUGGAGGCAUCUGAGCCACCUGCCCCCCCUGCCUCCCCUGGAACCGAGUCUGAGGGGGCCAAGAAGCCAGAGGAGGAGGAGCCGUCUGAGCGCAGGGACAAGGAACCGCCAGCAGCUGAGGGUGCCACCAGUGACGACAGGGACAAAUGUGGGCCUGACGGGGAGAAGCCGGCAGGGGAGAAGGCUGAAGAGAAGACCCUGGAGAGUGAGGAGUUGAAGGAGAAGGGGGUGGGCGAGACGCUGGAUGUGAAGAAAGAAGAGUUAAAGGCAGAGAAGGAGCUGGGCAAGGAGCCCAGGGGCGGGAGCCUGAAGGACGAGGGCCGGGCCAACGGGCGGCGGGAUGACAAGACUGACAAGCCCCGGUUCAUGUUCAACAUUGCCGAUGGCGGCUUCACCGAGCUGCAUACGCUGUGGCAGAAUGAGGAGCGGGCGGCCGUAUCCUCGGGGAAGCUCAACGAGAUCUGGCACCGGCGCCACGACUACUGGCUGCUGGCCGGCAUCGUACUGCAUGGCUACGCUCGCUGGCAGGACAUCCAGAAUGAUGCCCAGUUCGCCAUCAUUAACGAGCCUUUCAAGACGGAGGCCAACAAGGGCAACUUCCUGGAGAUGAAGAACAAGUUCCUGGCCCGUCGCUUCAAGCUCCUGGAGCAGGCAUUGGUGAUUGAGGAACAGCUCCGGCGCGCUGCCUACCUGAACAUGACACAGGACCCGAGUCACCCAGCUAUGGCCCUCAACGCCCGCUUCGCAGAGGUGGAAUGCCUGGCUGAGAGCCACCAGCACCUGUCCAAGGAGUCGCUGGCGGGCAACAAGCCGGCCAACGCCGUGCUGCACAAGGUGCUGAACCAGCUGGAGGAGCUGCUCAGCGACAUGAAGGCCGAUGUGACCCGCCUGCCCGCCACGCUUUCCCGCAUCCCACCCAUCGCCGCCCGCCUCCAGAUGUCGGAGCGCAGCAUCCUCAGCCGCCUGGCCAGCAAGGGCACCGAGAGCCAGCCCACCCCGGCCUUCCCACCAGGUCCCUAUGCCACCCCCCCUAGCUAUGGGGGCUCCUUCGGGGCGGCCCCUCCCGGGGUCCUGCCAACUGGGGGCGCCAACUACAGCCAGAUGCCAGCCGGGUCCUUCAUCACAGCUGCGGCCAAUGGCCCCCCGGUGUUGGUGAAGAAGGAACGGGAGGGCGACGGGCUGGAGCGGAAGGAGCCGCGCGGGAGCGAGGUCAUCUGCAUCGACGACUGAGGCGCAGCCCUGCCUUGCCCUCGCCCCCUGCCCUCACCCCCCCCUGCCCCCGGGGGGGAUGGGGCCUGUAAAUAGGACACGGUGGAGGAGGGGCAUAGGGGGUGGGGCAUUGGUAGAGGGGGCCCAUGGCCCCUUCACCCCUCCCCCCCCAGGACCAGACGGGGGCAACUAUAAAUAUGAAUAUAUAUAUAUACACACACACAUACUGUACGGGGCCCUGCCCCCGCCCCGCCUCCCCAGCCCCUCCCAGGUGGGGGCAGCCCCUCCGCAGCCUGGGGCGAGGCAGGCGGGGGAAGGGCACUUCUACCUCGGGGCGGGGGGGGCUGCAGGGGGGGGAGGGGUGGGGGCACCCGGGUCGUUCCAGUCACUUCUUGUUUAAACCUUGCAGAAUAAAGCGGCGCCGUUUGCUCGGCAAUGUAA